AAUCAACUUACAACAACACAAAUUUUCUUAAAACAAAAUGACACAAAAAUAUAAAACCAGAAAUCUAUCGAUAGAUACAAAGAGAUAUACAUGCAUCCCUCCACCGAAAACCCAAACCCAAAUCAACGGUGUAAAGUCAUGUUUGUUCUUCCCCACCCACACUCCAUCUCUCAUUUCUUGAUCUCGAAACCCACUGUUCGAAAAUGACCCACUACUAGAGACACACAUACAAGACAAUCACCCCUUUUCAUAAAUCUCAUUUCUACGUUACAUAUAUAUACUCACCCACCCUUCUCUUAGAUCUUGCUCACAACCCCAUCUCAAUUUCAUUUUGAACAAUCACUAUAUUUGUACCCCAUUUCAAAAAACCAUCUUUAGUUUGAUCUAAGCAACCCCAAGUCACUGGCAAACGAAAUCUGGGAGGUCGUGUUUUAAAUCCCCAUUAAUUAUGUGGAGAUUUAAACCUUUCACGCAUAAAGAACAAGCGGGACUUGAAGGACGCAUCGUUGACAUUGGCAAUCUGAAAGUCCACGUCCGUAAUGUCAUUGCUGAGGGAGGGUUUUCUUGUGUUUACCUAGCUCGAGAUGCUAUAAAUGGUUCUAAACAGUAUGCAAUAAAGCACAUUAUUUGCAAUGAUGAAGAAUCCCUUGAGCUGGUGAUGAAGGAAAUCUCUGUGAUGAAAUCACUUAAAGGGCACCCAAAUGUUGUUACUCUAUGUGCACAUACCAUAAUGGACAUGGGCCGCACGAAAGAGGCUCUUCUUGUGAUGGAGUAUUGUGAGAAGUCUCUGGUUAAUGUGCUUGAGAGUAGAGGGGCUGGUUACUAUGAGGAGAAACAGAUACUUGCUAUUUUUAGGGAUGUGUGUAAUGCAGUCUUUGCUAUGCAUUGCCAGUCCCCGCCUAUUGCUCACAGGGACUUGAAGGCUGAGAAUCUACUACUUGGUUCUGAUGGAUUAUGGAAGUUGUGUGAUUUUGGUAGUAUAUCGACAAAUCAUAAGCGCUUUGAGAGGGCUGAGGAAAUGGGGAUAGAAGAAGACAAUAUCCGAAAACAUACAACGCCUGCCUAUAGAGCUCCUGAGAUGUGGGAUCUAUUCAGGAAGGACCUGAUUAACGAGAAAGUCGAUAUAUGGGCCCUAGGAUGUCUCCUCUUUCGCAUAUCCUAUUUCAAAUCUGCAUUUGACGGUGAAUCAAAAUUACAAGUUUUGAAUGGCAAUUAUCGAAUUCCAGACCUUCCAAAGUACAGCUCAGAGUUAACAGACUUAAUUAGAGAUAUGCUUCAAUCUGCACCGGAGGACAGACCAGACAUCACGCAGGUUUGGUUCCGAGUUAAUGGCCUAUUGCCUGAUGGGUUACAGAAGUCAUUACCAGAUAAACCACCAGAGAUGAAACAGCAUGGUAUGAACACCAAUCAAGAAAACCUUUCGACAACAGUGCAUAAGGGUAGCCCAAUGCCUCGUAGAAGUCCACCACCUCCUCCAACUACAGAAACACAUCAGAAGGCAGGUGCAGGGGGUCCAAUGGGUGCUUUCUGGACCACUCAGCAUGGCAAGGAUUCAGUAGUUACUGAUGACAAGAUUAAGCCCAAAUAUGAUGAAUCUGCCAGCAAUAUUUCUUUUGGACAUGACAAAGGUCAUCCUGAGAGACCAGUUCAAAAGGGUUCUUAUAACAAACCUACCAGUGGUCCGUCAAAUGACUUUGAAAUAAACUUUUUUCCAGAGAAUUCGGGCCAUACAAGUGAAAAAUCAACAUCAUUGAAGUCUGAUAAUCCACCUGCAUUCCAGGGUGAUGCAUUUAAUGCUUUUGUUGCUGAAUUUGAUAAUACUAAGGUAGGCCCUAUAAGCGACAGUAAGAAAUCAGGAAAGGAAGAGUUACUAGAGGCUGAAAUAGAAAGACUGAAGGAACAGCUGAAGCAAGCUAAUGUGGAAAAGGCUGAAGUCACUUCAAAGUAUGAAAAGUUAACUGCUAUAUGCAGAUCACAGCGGCAAGAGCUCCAGGAACUCAAGCAAGCUCUUGCUUCUAAAACUCCAAAUACACACGCUUCUAAAAAUCAAACUUCACCUGGUAUUCAGAAGUCCUCGACACCACCGCAGAGGGAAAAGGUUGAAGGAACAGUUUGGGAACUCCAACAAGGAUUAUUUGACAAGAACUCUGUAAGUCCUGAUACCAAUUCAUGGAAGCCUUUUGUCAGUGACCCCAUCCCGCUGACAGCAUCAACGGACAGCACUCCCAAGUCAGUCAGAACUAAAAAUGGUCAACAGAACAAACAGGAUGCGGAGGUUUCGUCAGGUGCAAAGACGUGGGGUUUCGGGACAGAAGGCUUUACAGCAGUCCCUGCUGCGAGCUCUAGUAUAUCCGGAACUCCAAAGGAACUGAACAGUUCUAAGCGCUUUGGUGACUCGAAAGCUGGAACCAAGUCAACUACCCAACCUGCAGGUUGGGCUGGUUUCUAGUAUAUUUAUGAAAUGGCCAUAUAUAGAUGUCCUGCUCUAAAUAUUGCACAAGAAGAGUAAGAAAAGGUUUUCAUAGUCCCAUUUUGUGUUUGAAUUUGUAACAUGUUGUCUUUAUUGUUCAGCAAUAGAUGAUGAUGCCCUUUGGCUUUUGGUAUUAACAACUUCUUACAAAUAUAAACUCCGCAUAUCCCUACAUAUUUAUCUGGAUAAAAAAGUUACCCCGUCAUCUUUGA